AUGGCAUAUGAUCCUCGUGUAAACACGGGAAGCACAACUCCCCAAUCUCCUCCACCUCCCCCUCCACCACCCGUGUCUUCCACUCCCACCGAAAUGAACCCCCAAGCUUCAGAAGAUGGCACCGACAGCUGGAAACUUAAGUUCUGCACGGUCUGUGCCUCAAACAACAAUCGCUCUAUGGAAGCACACCUCCGCCUCUCCUCCGCACCUACUGCCUACCCCGUCAUAUCAUUCGGUACCGGUUCUCUCGUCCGUCUCCCCGGUCCAUCUAUCACCCAGCCAAAUGUCUACGGCUUCAACACAACAUCCUAUAACCAGAUGUACGAGGAGUUGCAAUCCAAGGACGAGCGACUGUAUCGCAACAAUGGUAUCCUGAACAUGCUGGACCGCAAUCGCCAGCUUAAAUGGGGACCUGAGCGUUUCCAGGACUGGGUCCCUGGCAUGCCGCGCGUGGAUCACGCUGCGAAAGGGGACAAGGGUGCACAGGGUACAGAGGGAGGUGUUGUUGAUGUGAUUUUCACUUGUGAAGAGCGCUGCUGGGAUGCUGUGGUCGACGACUUGAUGAGUAAAGGCUCCAUGCAGAAUCGGCCUGUCCAUGUCUUCAAUAUUGAUAUUAAGGAUAACCAUGAAGAGGCGCUAGUGGGAGGAAAGGCGAUUCUGGAUCUGGCGAAUCGGCUCAAUGCGGCUGCGGUUGCUCAGCGCGCGCUGCAUGGGUCUGAGGGAUGGGAGAAUGGGGCUGGUACGGCUCGAAUGAGCUUUGAUGAAAAGGUUCCUGAAAUUCUGGCGGAGUGGCAGGAGCUGAAUCCCAAUUUGCCGGCGCUGUGGACUCUGGCGUGGCUUUAG